AUGGCGGACGCCGGCGACAACAGCAUGGCGCUGGUACACGCGCACCUGGCAGACUCCGCGGUGGCGCCGCCGCGGACGCUGAGGCAGAGGCAGAAGUGGGAGGUAGAGUACGCUCGCUACUUCGGCACGCCGCGGCGGGACCCCUCCGCGCCGCCGCCACCAGGGCUCCGCCACAUCAUCCGCGGCGUCCACCGCCACCAGGGAACCUGGAUUCCUGCCUCAUGCCCCGCUUCCCUCUACGUCUCCCACCCCAGCCUCCCCUCCGCAGUCCCCGUCCUCACCAUCUCCAUCGGCGACGUCGUCUUCGUCCAAUUCCUUUUCUUACUGAACUACUUGCCCAUCGCACAGGAGGAGCACUUUGUGUCGAUUCUCAACUUCUCUUGGCCUCAGGUUACUUGUGUGACACAGUGCCCCAUCAGAGGUAGCAGGGUGGUAUUCGUGAGCUUCUGUGAUAAGUCUAAACAGAUCCAGAAGUUUGCUGUACGUUUCCCACAGCUCUGUGACGCAGAAUCGUUCUUAAGUUGUGUGAAGGAAUGCUCAUGCGAAACCAUGGGCAUCAUACCGUCUGGAAGUGACUACGUGUGUGAAGAUUCAUCAGCAUCUGAAUAUAUUGCUUCUAAUGGACUUCACCACAGGCCGGAUGAUGCUUCAAGCUUUGAGGAGCGAAGUUCUGACCACACAAUAGAUGAACCACCAAUGAGCUACCAUGAGGAACCAGACCAGCCUGUUCUUGAACCUCUCAGUGCUGACAACACUAGUAACAGCUACUCUGCUUUCCCUCCUAGUUUCAAUGAAAUGCUGACAAAUUGUUCAAUUGAUUAUGACCAAGAGGAACCCUGUCCAUUGGCUGCAUCAAAGCAUGCCUUUCAAGAGGUGUAUGCACUGGACACUUCUCAUGAUGUUGCCAAUGAAGAAACGACUGCUGGUAAAGGAAUGGAUGCUGGUGAGGGAGUUGAUACCAGUAUAUUAACAAAUGACAUAAUGGCACGGAUAAAGACAUAUAUGGCUGAUGAAUCCUUUAAUGAUAUGUUGUUCAAGCUUGAUAAAGUCAUUGAUGAACUUGGUGGUGACAUGUCGCUGUAG